AUGAAGCUCUUGACAACACCAUCUUAUUCAUCAACCCCAUCAUCUUCAUCCACCCUCCGAUUGGAUCCAUCUUUGUGCAACUCCAAAAGUGCCUCUGCAGGGUGUCUCACUGCCAUCUUGCGCAGGAUUCUCUGCUCUGGUGGCCUUCCAACACACCCAUCCGACCAAAUAAAAGAACUUGAUUCAGAGUCAAAGAUGAGUGGCAAAGUUCAAGAAUUGAAGUCUAAACAAAACGAUGAAUCUACCACCACUAGUCGUAUUACUCCUGGGUUAGUGGAAAGAUUAAUGGGUUUGGAAUCAAUGGGGGAGAGAGAGAGACCCAUUGAAUCAAGUUCUUCACUUACACGUAGCAAAUCCAUGAACUCUAUGGACUGCUUGGGGGAAUGCAAGCGAAUGGAGGGUCUUCACAAUCGUGCUAAAUCUUCAUCAUUCCGCGAGGUCCCAACUUUUCUUGAAAAUGAAAACUUUUUGAUACUCAGCUUCGAAAGUGGAUGUAAUGGUGGAGAAUUCAGGUCCAAAGAGAGAAAAAAAGAAAAGAGUUUAAAAGAGAGAAGAGAGUUCAAAAAAAAUAAGAGAGAAAAGGUGCAUGAUGACAAGGGGAACUUGUCUGACAUGUCUUCUGCGGAUGUUGGAAAUGAUGAUGAACACAAAAUUCAAUUUGCCAACACUUGUACACUGUUCAUGGCUUGUUUUGAAAAGGAGUACCUUGAUUCAGAAACGGCAAGACGUUCACACCCCAUGCAGAUCAAGGAAGUAGCCAAUGGUGAGAAAGUGAAGAGGAGGAAGAAGGGACCAACAUGUUAUUCGGAAAAGAAGGUGGACACUGAAUGUAGUUCAGAAGAUUCAAGUCCGGUUUCUAUCUUUGAUUUUGAGCGUGAAGCUCCUGGAACAGAUGUGGAUUCUUAUGGUGUUGAUACGAGUUGGAGAAGAAAAUUGUCACCAGAGCUUGAAAAUGACAAACUUUGUGUUCUGCAUUGUGAUAGUAACAUGAUAAUUGAGGAGGAGAUGAAGGUAGAGAACAGCAAACAUGAAAGGUCUAAGAGAAAAGAGAAGCAAAGCCAAGAGUGUGUAGAUAUUUGGGGAGAAAUUUGUAGGCUAGUUGAAGGUGAAUUGGGAUCAAACAAGUUAGAGGCAGGAUUGAGGAAAAAAUGUGAUUUUGAAAGUUUAUGUGCAGAUUUUGAGUCAGAAAUUUUUGAUCAAUUGUUACAUGAGUUCAUAGAUGAACUUGCUGGGAAUCACUUGAAAGCAUUGCAACUUCAAAAUAUGUAA